AUGUCCCUAGACAGCGUUCGGUCGAGCGCGGAAGCAGCGAAACGCCAUGAGUUACACAACGCUGAGAUAUCGCGGAAGAGGAAGCUUCGCGAGCUCUACGCCGUCACCAUCAGCCUAGCAGCAGACCCCAACCCCAACACCCUCGACGCCCCGCCCGACGCCCACGAGCUGCAAUUCCUCGAAGAAAACGACUUGGCCAAAGGUCGCUACUUCCGCGACUCAACCCUCCCCCCUCCACCCCCGCCCGCAAAGCCCGCCCAUGUACCGCCCCCCGUUCCUGUCGCAGACGCCCAGUCCCCCGUCAACAAUGCCGCCGCGUCAAAUACGCAAGAUUCACCCGCCGCAGCAGCACCUGCACCGACUGCAACACCACCCGCGCCCGACCAUGCUUCGCCUAAGCAAACUACGCCUACGGAAGACGCGCCGCAAGCCCCCGAGCAGGAGAAGCCAGAGCCUGAUGUAGCUGCACAGGAACAGGAGCAACCGCCUCAAAGCCCUGUCGUGCCUGUGGUCAGCGCGCCCGAGCCAGACGUUCCCUCCCAGGCCUCGGCGCAAACUCCCGCUGCUCCUCAGGCUCUCCAAGACGAACCUUCGAUCGCUCCGAAAGAUGCUGCGCCCAAGCUGCCCGACGACGUCGCCGCUCUCCCCGAAUCCGAACCACAGGAAAGGCCCACUACGAGGCCGGGCCAUAAGGCUAGAACCAUACACCUGCCCCCCAAGGAGGUCCAGGAAAGACGUCUUCGCGAAAUCGAGCAUGCUCAAGAGCGUAGAGCUCUUCGUGAAAAGAAAGAGGACGAGCAUUUGGCCGCCACUGGGGAAACAAUCAAUGGCGAGAUCGCAUCCUCGCCGUCGAGUUUUGGUCCGCAUUCCACGAACACGUCCCGGGCAGAACAACACUCCCCCGCAACGAGUCCGGACGAGGCGACAUCGCGCCGUGGUUCUAGCUUCUUGAGCGCGGAUCAGCAAACUGUUGGAGGCGAGAAAUCUGGUUCGAGUUCCACUCGUCAGGAAGACCACGAGCACGACAGCGCUGCUGCUACGCCUGAUGCUCAGCUACGUUUCGAGGAGGAACAGGCUGUCCGCCAUGCGCGUGAUUCAAUAAAGAGCGCGGAGGGUUUGCCUAGAGUGAAGGAUUCUGAUUUGACUGCCGAAGCAUCUAGGGUGGUUGAAGAGAACAGGGUUGCUGAAGACGGUGUUGUUGGUUUGGCGGGUGCUCACGAAAAAACCCCCGAGGCAUCUGCUGUAUCAACAUUUACGGAUGGCCAUGUUGCGGAGGAUUCAGAUGCGCCAGCAAAAGAAACCUCCGUUGAGGCAACCAAUGGCACGACCGCACCACGGCCGAAUGCAGCUGCAACGGAACAUGUAGCUCCGGCUGAUGUUGAGAUGCAAGAGGCUGACGCCGCGGAUGCAGAACAAUCAGCUGUGUCAAAGGUCGGGCCUGCGAAGAAGCCUGAGGCUCCUCAACCAAGUAUACCUGGGGAUGACGCUCGCUCCAAUACGCUUCCAAGACGUUCAACUGCCGCGAUCCCCGCGAUCCAGUCGGUACUUUGUCGGCCACGCGAUGCAGAAUCUAAGGACAAGGAGAGGUCCAAGGCCACCGGUGUCGUCUUCGCAAAACAGGAACCAGCCCUGAGCUCGACCGUGGGACAAGUUAACCGGGCUUAUGCUGCACUCAGGGGAGCGCACGAGGACCCAGACAAGGAUUACCUCAUUGGCAUGUUUGACUUCCAGGCGCACCAAGGUCCAUUCCUAUCCUCCAGAGAACUUCUCGACAAAGCCACCAAGACCUACACCACAACGAACAAAUAUGCCAGUCUUAGGGAACAGCAAGACUACAAAAUCCUCAAACGCGUCUACACCUUGCAGCAUGCCAAUCGGUGGUCCCUUCGACAGAUGGAGAAGUGCGCUGAACCACCGAGACAGCCAACAUUCCAUGACAGUCUAAUGGCUCAAAUGAAAUGGAUGCGGACAGACUUUCGAGAGGAACGCAGAUGGAAAAGCGCGGCAGCUCGCAACCUGGCUGAGUGGUGCGCUGAAUGGGUCUUGUCCUCUCCCGAGAAGCGCAAAUCGCUGCAAAUUAAGGCUACGCGCAAGCAAAAGUUGCGGAAUAACGUAGUCAAGGGUGCGAUGGAAGAAGAUAUCCCGUCACCGCCAGAACUUAUCCAUUCGACCUCGAACGAAACGGAAAGCGAGUCCUUCACUGAAGACGACGAGCUUCCUUUGAACUUCUCUCAGUCUUACCCUCCGGCCGCUCUAUUUUCCCUUGGUUACGAUGAAGUCGUUGCCAAGGUCGACGACACCCCAAUUACCGAAAGGGUCCUGAACGAACUCCCGUCAUACGAGUCUACGUUAAAGGGUUUCCCCUCGCCGUCUGUCUUGGCUCCUGUUUCUAAUGAAACCGAUAUCGUCCCUGUAUCACAGCUUGUUACAGCGAAAUUGGUGCCAAAAUCAACAGAGCCACCAAAGAAACGCAGCCGGUACGAGUAUGAGGAAGAGGAUGAUUCUUACAUUUAUCCCAACAAGCGGCCAAUUUCGGAGCGUUCGAAUGCUUCGACACCAGGUCUCCGCGUCUCGAGGGUCGGACUGCCUCCCGAACAGACGAACGUUGCUUUGUUCUUGCCCGAAAACAAGCAUGUCCGGGAUCGCUUGCACGCUAGUCACUCUUUCCGGCCUCCAUCAGAAUUCCCUAUGCCGUCAACGAGUUUCUUCGAAUCCAGAGCACCUUCGCAGUGGUUGUGGGAUGAAGACCAGAGACUACGUGCGCUUGUCAAAGAGUACCAGUUCAACUGGUCGUUGGUGGCGGCAUCAAUGGAUCAGUCAUCCUUGUUCACAUCUGGGGCGGAGCGACGAACUCCAUGGGAGUGUUUUGAGCGUUGGGUGCAGUUGGAAGGUCUUCCUGGCGAGAUGGCCAAAACGCCUUACUUCCGAACAUACCAGGCAAGGUUGGAGGCUGCGCAACGUACGGUAUCUGCGCAGUACCAGGCCGCCCAGCAGCAGGCACAACAGUCACAGGCUUCUGGUCCCAACCUCAAUACGCCGAGGCGUCGGACUGCUCAGCCCAUCCGCGUCGAGCGACGCAGGAACAACAGGUUCCUUGCUCUCAUUGAUGCUAUGAGAAAGCAGGCUCGGAAACGAGAGACGGCGCAGCACAAGCAGCAAGAAGCCGCGAAGGCUGCCGCGCUGCGUAAGGCUCAUGAACCUGCCCCUGUCAGGAACAGUGUGCAUACCCCUCAGGAGUUCAGUCGCCUAAAGCACGAUCGAGAGCAAAAGUUGCACGAGAAGCAGGAGUUGUACCGGCAACAGGUUCUUGCAGCACAACGCAAUGUUAUGCAGCAGCAGCAACAGCGUGGUGGGAUACCCGGCCAACAAGGUAUGCCAGGCGGUGCUCAGCAGCGCAUGGGCACUCCUACCAGCGCUCCUGGGGCCAACAUCAAUGGUGGGCAAAACGGCCAGAUUCAUCCCGGGAUGAGCAUGCAGGGUCGCCCUCAUCCUGGACCGGUCGGCAUUCAAGGUAACAUCACCAACGGAUUACCUGUCAUGGGCAUGCCGCAACAGAUGCAAAUGAAUAUGCAAGGCCAGCGAUCACAACCACAGGACAUGCGUAUGGCAAUGCAACAGCGGAACUUGAGCCAACAGCAAGCGCAAGCGUACGCUCUUCAGCACCAACAACAAAUGAACCGUGCAAAUGGCAUGUCAGGUAUGCAAAUGGGAGGCAAUAACAUACAAUCGCCUGCCAUGCUCAACACCGGCGUGGGUCAAAGCGGCCCUAAGGUCAAUGGUGCCCAUGCUACCAGUCCAAUGAACGGCAUGCAAGGCUCGGCGGCCUCACCGCGUAUGACGAGCAACCCAUCCUCCCAAGGCACUCCGCAGCCUCAAGCCCUCUCUUCGGGCCAUGUCCCACACAUUACGAACCUGACUCACGAAAUCCAGCUUUCGAAUCCUCAUUUAUCGCAGCAAGACGCAUCUCGCCUCGCGUCUGAACGUAUGGCGCAGAAGAUGGCAUCGGCACGACAAAACGCACUAAAUGCGGCAGCUGGAGCGACGGCGGCAGGACAAGCAGCCGCGAACGCCGCGCACAACCAGCACGGAAACCACCAGCUGGGUGCGGCCUCGUCGCCUUACCAGCAGCACACGGGCCUGGCUAGCUCAAACGCAGGCAGCGCGAGCCCCUCGGGCCAGUCGUACCAACAGCAGAUGCGACAGCACAUGAUGCAGCAGCGGACACAGCCGGGCCAGCAAGGCAGUCCGAACAUGGGCAGCGCACAGUUGGACAGCAGCAGGAGCGCAACGCCGAUGCAGCCGUCGCAUUCGCAGCAGAGCCACCAAGGCCAGCAUGGGAGUCCAAGGGCCUCAUCGGCCCAUGGUCAGAACCAGGGACAGCAGCAGCAAAACGGGAGCCAGGGCCAGGGCCAGGGCCAGGGCCAACAGGGGCAGCAAAACGGUGGCAAUGGUCACUGA